AUGUCAUCGUCAAAGAAGAUUGCAGAGUUCCCUGACGUGGAAGCGAAGCUACAAAAGCCAAUCAAGCCAAGCGCAUUCGAGAGACAGAAGGCUGAGGCCGAGGCAAAGCGCCGCCGGGAAGAAGCAGAAACAGCUGCGGUUUACGAAGAUUUUGUGAAAAGCUUUGCGCGCGACGAUGAUGAUGACUUUCUACAGUCCAAGCCAACAUCAUCGAGGUUCAACUCUGGCCCCUCAGAACGACCAUUGCCUUUCAGCAGCCAGGCUCCCUUUGGAGGGGCCACUGGCAAAAGGCACUUUAGUGUACCCUCUGGAGGAGCUUUGAAAAGCGGACCGGGGACUCUUGGUCCAAUUCCUCCCUCGUUCUCGAAGAAGAGGUCUUACGAUGGUUUCCAACGCGAUCAGGAGGAGGGAAAGGCUGGGCGACUUGGGUUCGAUGAUAAGGACUCGGGUUCACUGCCUGUUUCUAAAGCAUUCGACGCAAGCGAUGAUGAGGGCGAGACUCCAACGGUCACUGACAGAGCGGAGGAGAAGGCGACAUCUAAGCCGACAUUACGCUUAGCAAAUUUACCUCCAGGGACAUCACCUGCUGUUAUCAAAGCCCUGAUACCGUCAAAUCUCACAGUUGAGAAUAUCAAGAUUAAUCCGCCCCCUGGCCCUGGAGGGACCGACCGAAAGUCACUCACUGCGAUCGUCACACUGUCGAAAGAGACACCUGCAAGUGAUAUCGAUAAUGCAGUCAGCGCGUUGCAAAACCGUUACCUUGGUUUCGGUUAUUUCCUGAGCCUUCAUCGCCAUCUCUCGUCUGCUGCUCUCUCGUCGGGCCUGCCUGCUCUCUCGUCUUCUGGGGCAGUUUCGCACCCCUUCGGUGCUAAAAAGACUGAAGAUGGUCCAAGGAGGACGGGGGCACAUGGACGCUUUGCUCCCCCUCCUUCCUAUGGAUCUCCCUUAGGGGGACCCCUUAACCGCUCUGGUAUUCUCCAUGUUCCGGUCCGGCCUCCUCGAGACAUUAAGCAACUUCGCAUGAUUCACAAAGUCAUUGAAGCCGUGCUAGAACAUGGUCCAGAGUUUGAGGCGCUUUUGAUGUCUCGUCCAGACGUGCAGCGGGACGAGAAAUGGGCAUGGAUUUGGGAUGCCCGCAGUGAAGGUGGGGUUUGGUAUCGUUGGAGGUUAUGGGAGAUUGUGACAAGCGGUCAACACAAGAAGGGGAGACCUGAAUUCGUGCCACUCUUUGAAGGAAGCCAUGCUUGGAAGGCGCCUGAUCGGCGUUUGGCUUUUGAGUAUACAACUGAUGUUUCUGAGUUUGUCUCCGACUCAGACUACGACUCUUCGGAAGAUGAUGACUUUGAAGACGAUCCGGCUCGGCAAGAUAACAAUGAGAAGGAAGACACCUUCUUAAAUCCGAUCGAGAAGUUCAAGCUUACUCACAUGCUUGCACGGCUGCCAACCACGCUCUCUAAAAUACGGAAAGGAGAUAUUGCUCGUGUGACAGCAUUCGCCAUUACCCACGCUAGCAGAGGCGCUGAUGAGAUCGUGGACAUGAUAAUCUCCAACAUCGAACACCCGUUUGCCUACACUUCGGCAAACCCAAACUACAAGCCUGGGGGGAAAGAUAAAGAAGCGAAGGAUGAGUCUUCCCGCGACGCUUCACCGAGCCCCGAUAAUAAAGAUAAGGAGAAAACAUCCUCUUCGUCAGAUGGACCAGACUUGAGCGCACCAAGACUCCUGGGCCUCUACGUGAUAAGCGACAUUUUAUCAUCCUCAGCAACCAGUGGGAUCCGGCAUGCAUGGCGCUACCGGCAGCUGUUCGAGACGGCGCUGCGGAAGCGCAAAACUUUUGAAUUGCUAGGAAGCAUGCCAGAGAAGCUGAACUGGGGUAGACUUCGUGCUGAGAAGUGGAAGCGCAGCGUCAGUCUCGUGUUAAAUCUGUGGGAAGGCUGGUGUGUGUUUCCUGUCGAGACGCACGAGCACUUCGUCAGCAGUUUUGAAAAUCCCCCACUGCCGUCCAAGAAGGAAGGCCCCGCGGAUGCGGGCACUGGCGCAGAGAAGAGGCCAGGCGGGAGGUGGAAGAUAGUCGAAGCUGCUCCGAGUACUGGACUGAGUUUCCUCCCUGUUUCAACCAAACCGGACGUUGACGAAACAGGGACAGAAGAGGAAGAAAUACCAGGAUUGGCUCCUGAAGAUGGCGAAGAGAUUGACCCGGUUCGGUUACAGUACUUGGCAGAGCUUGACGACGCUUUCGACGACCUGGAUCUCGACGGCGAGCCAGAGGAUGUUGAAAAUCUCCACAUAACCCCGGCUGGCGGCCCUGAACCAGAGCCGAAAGAGUCGGACGAAGCGCCGAGCAAGCCGGAGGCAAAGUCAAUCACCGGAUUUCAGAUGCUGUCCUCCAGCAAAUUUGGGCCUCCCCGGAAGCGAAUGCGGGCCAUGGAUAUGUUUGCUGAUUCGGACUCGGAUGGAGGCACCUAG